CUUCAUCACAAGCAACCAAACUGUCUCUUGUUGGAUAUGUAGUUAGCUUUCUUGCUGGGAAGCACAGAAGCACUACCAUCUUCUUAAAUCUUAAACCUAAACUUUAACUCUUCCCUUUUCUUUCUUUCUAUAUAUCUCUCCACUUAAUUUUCAUUUUGAUGAUGAUAAAGCACCUGAAGCUGCUGCGUAUGCUCUUUUCUCUCUAGCUGAGCGUAAUGCUGAGUAUUGAGAAUAUAUAAGAGAGUUAAAAGGAGAAUAUCUAGUUACCUAAACAUUUUCAUCUGCUUUAAAAGCUAGAGCAUGGGAAACAUUUGAGGGUUUCAUUAAGAGAACUUAAUAGAUCAAGAAAUUUCUUUUGUUUUCCGGCAAGACUGCUGAAAGGUUCACUGCAUGAUAAUGGAAUUAAGCCAAGAAAAUGAAACAAGAACGCCAGGCUUAGAAAGAAGAAGGGAAGGGAAUAAUAAUGGUACUACGGUGAACAGUUUGAGUCAAACCCUAGAUCAGCUACAACGACAACCAUCACUUGGCCAAGCAAGAUCUCCACACCCAGAUCGAGUUACUGUCAGCAGUUCAACAAUUGCACCGAUCUCCAUUGGAUCAAACUCCAAAAUGGGCAGUGUAAGGUAUCGAGAAUGCCUUAAAAACCACGCAGCCAGUGUUGGUGGUAACGUUUUCGAUGGAUGCGGUGAGUUCAUGCCUAGCGGUGAAGAAGGCACACUUGAAGCCUUGAAAUGUGCUGCUUGUGACUGCCACCGAAACUUUCACCGAAAAGAGGUGAAUGGAGAGACCCAAUUCAGUGGUAAUUGUAGUAGAAGAACUAUAAUACUUAAUCCACUUCAACUACCCCCACCAUUGCCAUCUCCAACGAUGCUGCAUCAUCAAAAAUAUUCAAUAGGUAUGCACACUAGUCCAUCAAGUGCAAUUGUUGCGCCAAUGAAUGUGGCUUAUGGUGGUCUUAGUGGGGGUACUGAAUCUUCUAGUGAAGAUCUUCAUGUGUUUCAGUCUAAUGCUCACGAAGGAGUUCAACCACCACCUCCUCCUUUUGUUUUGUCCAAGAAGAGGUUUCGGACUAAAUUUACGCAGGAGCAGAAAGAUAAGAUGAUGGAAUUUGCUGAGAAAGUGGGAUGGAGGUUCCAGAGGCAAGAUGAUGAAGAAGUGGAGAAAUUUUGUGCUGAACUUGGUGUGAGGAGGCAAGUUUUCAAGGUCUGGAUGCACAAUAACAAGAGUAACGCGAAGAAGCAACAACCAGAGAGCCAGUGUAACGCAGGAGAUUAAACAAUCAGGUGAGUAUUAUAGUAAAGGGCAUUAUUAAAUGGAUAUCAUCAGUGAUUUGUAUAAUUAUUUAUUUUAAUCCUUGUUUAUCUUUUUAAAUCGCUAUCGUCGACAUUAAUUGCUAUAAACAAAAUCUUGUGUUAAUUUCCCU